AUGCGCUCAUACAUCUUUUUCAUCAUCGGUGCCAGCUUGGCUAUCGCAGUUCGAGGCGCUGCCAGCCACGCUGGAGAUGAUCCAAUGCAUCCUCGUGAUGUCACCUGCAUGCCUUCUGACGCUGGUGGGUGUGCCAGUUGUGGUGCCAACUACGUUCAAUGCGGUCCUGAUACUUGCUAUAACCCGUCGGCAGGCGAAGUAUGUUGUUCCAGCAAAUAUUCUUGUCCCGCAAGCGCCAACUGCUCUUCUACGGGCACAGGAUGUGUUCCCAAGCACGGCCCCUACCCUGAUGCAGAUUGCGACGACGACGACGACAACGACAACAAUUACAGCACAAGCACAACCACUGCUUCAAUUUCUUCUGCCAUAGCUGUUGCGAUUCCCUCAAGUUCUUCUGUGUCUACCACGAGCGACUUGACCUCAACUACCAGCUACACCACCACCAUCACUUCGACAACCACAAGCACCGUCACCGUGAGCAUGACAUCCUCUUCCGCCGGUGCUUGCUCUGCUACAACCGGUCUUCCUAUGACCACUUCGAUGGCGCUAUUCGGCAACUCUACUACGGUGGCUCUGAACACGACCACCUCGACCUUGUCGGUCACAAACGUGUCCACGACUACUGCUGCCUCCCUCUCCGCUAACGCGACGGUGCCCACGAAGAGCAUUGUCCCGCCCAUUAGUGGGUACACGGGCGCUGCUACAGACCUGCAGGGUCAAUCUUCGACAUCUCUGUUCGCUCUUGGUUCAUUGGUGUUUAUGGCUGCUCUGUUGGUUUAG